UACAAAUUGCAAAUACUGACGAAGGUUGCUGCAGAGCUGAGCAAGUACAUGCCAGAGAAAACAGCAGAGGACACCUCCAGCAUUUUGAGGUCUCCCAUGCCUGGAGCAGUGGUGGCAGUUUCUGUCAAGCCUGGGGACACGGUUUCAGAAGGUCAAGAGAUUUGCGUAAUUGAAGCAAUGAAAAUGCAGAACAGUAUGAUUGCUGCUAAAACAGGCAAGGUGAAAGCUGUGCACUGCAAAGCUGGUGAUACCGUUGGAGAAGGAGAUCUGCUGGUGGAACUGGAAUGAAAGGUUUCCCUCCACACUGUUGAAUUAACUAAGCCUUUAUUAUUUUAAUCCGUAAAGUAAGAUUAAGGCAAUUCAACACAGAAAAUGGACAGUCCUAUGUGCAAGAUUUUACACAGUUGUAUUUAUUGUAUCAGUGGUUAAGACAGCAAACACAGAUGUUAAACCUUGGCAACAGAUCCCAGAUUUUUACUUCCAGAAAUACUUGUACAUAACCUUUGUAAUUCUUUGAUUUUUCAGGAUCAAAUAAAAUUAAUAAAAUACCUUUUCUGCUUU